AUGGAGAGCCCCCUCACCCCUGGGCUCCAGAGAACCACAUCAGCUGGAUACCGACUGCCCCCUGCCAGGCCACCGGCCCGGGGUGGUCCUGGGGCAGUCAGGAGUCUUGGCAGUCAGGCUCCAAAGACUCAGCAGGUGGCCCGGGAAGCCAAGGAGGGCGUGAAGCAAGACCAGCUGUGGAGGGAGCUGCAGGAGGCUGAGUGGCAAGGCCGGCAGCGCUGGGUUCAGAAUUGGGGUUUCCUGAAAGAUUAUGACCCGAUGGGCAAUAAGAAGGAGCCUGAGAAGUUGCCAGACUAUGUGCCUCUCUUUUCGGACACAGCCCCCAAUUCCACGAAUCAGGUCGUGGGCAGCAGGCUGGACACGCCCCUAGGGAAAACUCUCAUUGGCAUGGACUUCUUCUUCAUGGAAGGGGCCCGGAAGAAGAAGCUGGAAGAUGAACUACAGCCCAUCUAG